CAGUGGAAAAUUUUCGAUUCGUUUGGCUGUGUUCGUUUGUCCGUUUUUGGGUUACAUAAAAAGAGGAAAGCGGAAACCCCACGAAUCAUCAGGCCCUGAAUGGUGGUGGUGGCAUAGUGUCGAUUUAAAAUUACCCCCGGCGUGUAUGACUCAAACCGUUUGCUCCAUUUUGAUCGUAUUCGAUCCGUGUCGCGCGAUCCGUGGUGAACGUGUGAACCAUCCUAUCGAAACGGGUGUGCGUUGUCUUUGUCUGUGACACACGCCCGUCCGUUCUGACUUUGUUUGAUAAGAACAAAUCAACACUUUGCUCCGUUUGCCAAUCGACGGUGACCCGUGCUAGGUACGAAGAUCGAAGUUAAACCAGGCAUCCCCCGUGCAUGUGGGUGCCGAUGGGAGGAAAACAUCACCAAGCAAACGUCGAACGAAAAUAAAGCCAGCGUCAAAAGUCAAUGUCAAUGACGCGCACAAUUUGUGUUGCAAACGCAUGCGACUGCUGCCUGAGGCGGUGGAGGAUUGCGACGUGGUACGGCGGUCAGCUGUGACGCCAAGCCAGGUGAUUUUCUUCGCACGAGAACUCAUGCCGCGCCUGCCUGACAGCUGGUUUUGUUGGUGUGUUGGUGUUUUUGUGCGCGUCUUGACGGUCUAGACGACAAGUGCGAAGCCGAAGCGACACACGCCACCACGCCAGAAGAAUGGGCUUGUUUUGUCGUCUCGUGCGCGCAGUGUUUCUUCUCUCUGGACAACACUUGAAACAGAUUGGUUUGUUUGAGUGCUUUCGUGCAGUUGUGCUGUGUGACUCCAGCUUAAAUGCAUUUUAAAUUUAGUAUAUAUUAUACGCAAGACUGACUAUCCAGCCAGGAGGAAAAUCACUCUUUAGUACAUCAUGGUUUUAAUUUAAACAACUGUGUUUAACAGUGCUAUUGUGUUUGUGUCAGCGUGGCUUAUCUGGGUUAGAGGAAUUCUGUCUCCUCAACAACAUAAACCGUGAACCGUUUGAAGUAGUGAUUAAGCAAGUGUCUUUCCGCCAGUGCAAUUUGUUGGGUUAUAUACAGAGAAACGAAACCCAAAUCCCCGAAUCAGUUCGAAAGGGAUUUGAAUGAGACAUAUCAACCGUCGGCAGGGAACGGGUUUCACAAGCUUCGAUCGGGUGUAACGGAUGGUUGGUCUGAAAGGAGCGACUGAGUAGAGCUUGCGCCGGGCACCGAAUGGAAGCAACGUCGGUGAAGGCGUGCGAUUGGGUCAGAACCGUAUCCGGUAGCAACAGCUCCUCCCAGACAACCGGCGAAGAAGGUGGCUCCAUGUCGCCACCCGCUCGGAGGACACUGUAAACCAUCCCAACGACAGCGUACGUGAGCACGCGUUACAAGCCAACGACGAGGCCAUGGGCGAGGAAAGUUUGGAGCGCAGCGACGGUAAGCUGCUGCAGCCGCACGUGGCCGAUUACAGCCCGGUUCGGCAGGAGCAUGCUCAACAGCAUCCUUCCCAGGGGCCACCACCACCACAGGACGAACCGUCGCCGGACGAGGAUAGCGUUCAUCAGCGAAGCAUUGCGUGUGGCCCACCGGCAGCUUCCAAACCGAUCGAUUCCGCACCAAAGCAACAUGAAGAAACAACCAAGCUCAACAAGGUGCUUCCACCGGCACUGGUGCUAGUACCGCAGACCGACAGUAGCACAAACGAACAACCGGAACCACGGACGGAAGAGUCGGAUGAAAAUGCUCACAGCCAGGCUGACCAGUCGAACGGCCGGGCAGCGUUACUACCGCGCAAUGGUAGCGCCACCAUCUGCCGUAGCAUUUCCAACAGUACGAUGCAGCCAAACACAAAAUCUGGCCAUGCGGAACGAUUCCGACUACCGGAGGAAGGAGAUCCGGAGGAUGGUACAACGGAAGACGAUUACGAGCUCGUGCCACCGGACGGUGGCUGGGGAUGGCUUGUACUCGCCGGAUCGAUGCUGGUAAACAUUCUCGUACCCGGUACAAUCAAAAGCUUCGGCGUGCUGUUUGUCGAGUUUCUGGAAGCGUUCCAAGCGUCUCCUUCGACAGCGGCGUGGAUUCCAGCCCUAUGCUACUUUCUGUACAGCUCGCUGGGACCGCUUUCCAGCAUCCUGUCGGUGAAGUACAGCUAUCGAACGGUGACGAUCGUUGGCGGUACGUUUGCAGCCGUCGGGAUGAUCAUCACGUUCUGGGCCACCUCGGUAAACUAUCUGUACAUCAGUUACGGUGUGCUGGUCGGUACCGGAGCGGGUCUAUCCUUUCCACCGACCGUGUACAUCGUGACGUCAUACUUCGUGAAGCUGCGCGGUUUGGCGAACGGAUUGUGCAUCUCGGGCAGUGCGCUUGGUUCGAUCAUUCUGCCGCCGGUGUUACGUUUCCUGCUCGAGAACUAUGGCUAUCGGGGUGCGUGUCUUAUAAUGGGCGGCAUUACGCUGAACGUGUGGGUAGCGGCCAUUUUUUACGAACCGGUCGAGAAGCACAUGAAACGCGUCCGGAAGGUACAACCGGCCGCCGAUGAUGCGGAGCUGGCGGCGGUGGUCGUACAGCAGCGGGACGUGAUCCUGGAGGAGUGUGAAUCGAACGAAACCGACCCAUUGGCGGAAGAUGCCCUUGCGAAUGGACAGUUGACAAUAAACGCUUCGCAGACGCUCCUACCGCAAGGGAAGCCGGCGGGCAGUGUAAAGCCAAAGUUUGCCAUUACCGGCGAUGACACGCCGACCAUCUCGACGCCCACUUUGGAGCACAAAUCGCCGGACAUAUUCCGCUUCAAUCCGAAGAAUGGGUUGAUCGAUAGUUUCGCGCGCAGUGCAUCGGCUGCAGCUGUCCCGGUUUCGUACGGCCGAGAUCGGGAUGAUAUGCUAGGUGGAGAGACCGGCGGAGGUAACAAGCGGCAGAGGAAAAUAAGCACCCCUAUCAAGGAGGAGCACCGGAACCUUACCUUCACCAGCCAGCUAAGCUCGAACUCGUUCCUCGGCAACGAUGGUACGCUUGGGUCGUACUUUCGCCUAAACCGACUGAACUCGAUGCGCAGUGGAAUCGGUCAGCCGGGAAGCGGUGGACAGCAGCUCGUCCAUCGACCACCGAAACGCUCCCCAUCGACGAGCAGCUUCCAGUACAUGAGCACACCGUUCCACGGCAGCACACUGUCCACGCAUCAACCGAAGGAGUUUGCCUCGCAUCUGUCGCUACGUUCGUUUGGUGGCAGCGUUUCGCGGACGGGCAACAAAGUGUCCGGCGGCCCGACAGAAGACGCGCCGGAUCAGAGCAAAGCGGACAGGAAAGACGACAAAACGUUCUUCGAUCUGUCGCUGCUCAGAGAUCCGACCUACCUCGUGAUCCUGAUCUCGAACUCGACGAACGCGAUCGGCUACACCAACUUCAUCAUUCUGCUGCCGGCGUACGCCAUUUCGCUCGGGUUCGACAAGAGUUUGGCCGCGUACCUGCUGUCGAUCGUGUCGACGCUCGAUCUGGUCGGUCGUAUCGGUGGUUCGGCGCUGUCCGACACCAACCUCAUCCCCAAGACGUGGUACUUUGUGGGUGGACUGUCGAUAUCGGGGCUGGCGCUCGCAUUGCUACCCACCGUGUCCGACUACACGAUGGUGAGCGUGUUCUGUGGGCUGUUUGGGCUAGCGUCCGGUACGUACGUUGGGAUAACGGCCGUCAUCAUGGCCGACAUGCUCGGUACCGAGCGGCUCACCUCGUCCUACGGAAUCAGUCUGUUCGUGAACGGCAUUCUGCAGCUGAUUGGUCCACCGAUCUGUGGCGUGAUCUUCGAACGGAUGGGGCUGUAUCAACCGCUGUUCACAGCGUUAGGGUUUGUGCUGCUCGGCGGAUCAGCUCUGUGGGGUUUCAUGCCACUGAUCAAUCGACAGAAGCGAAGGAAAGCGGAAGCAGAGGCUAAGGUCGCGGCAGAAGCCUCGAAGGUGUUGGCCGAUCAUCCAGUGCAACCGUUUGACGAGGACGAUGACGAUGUGCCGUUGCAGUUGAAGCGUGACGGAGUGGACAAAUCAGUCGUUGCCUAAAGGGUGACGGGGAGUGUACGCGGGAGAUUUUGCAGGCAUUUGUGCAGGCACUCAAUGACAAUUUCGCUCACGCUCAGGAAUAACGUUCAAGUGACCAUAUACUAGAUAGGGAGCGUGACCAGCAGAACGCAGACAAGGGGAAGAGCAAAGAUUAGCAUAGGACGACAGGUAUAAACGAUCCAAAUGAUGUAGGACUUACGGGGAUCAAAACAGGACAGGAUGCGUAUAGUAUUAAUUAGUGCGAUUCUUUCUCACCGUCUAUCACAUUUCACUUCGUGCCUCACGAAACAGUUCUCAAAAUCAAUCGUGCGACGUGUGAUCGGGUGAUCUGGUGUUGAGCGCCAUCGAGCGAGAUGGUCGUGUCGUUCAGAAGCUAGUAUCCUAAUCGUGCCCAUUUUAACAACAGUCGCAUAACAUUUCCUAGCGCUUGACGAGUGCGACAUAGAGAAACACGCGCGCGGUACAGAUCGGGUGGACAAUUCUAAUUGACAUGCGACAUUGAUGAGCGUGGAGGCGAAAGUAUUGUUAGCGGAGGAGUGGUUUUCAACUCUUGCUCCGUUUGACCAAAAGCCUAUUAGUUGUAUUAGAUUGUGUUUCUUUCGAUUCUCUCCCCCCUCGCUUGUAUGUACCGUGCUCGGGUUGAUGAGGUGUGUGGUGCGUGGUGAAUGUAAUUUGCAUGAAUGAUUGAGUGAGUGAGUGAGUGAGUGAAAGCAAGAAUCGAGCAAAGACGGCAGCAUAGCAAAUAACGGGGGAAAGACAUUUAGGCGCUAUUUAGCGGACUGCGGUACUGCGACGAGAGUACGCGAACAGAUAUACAACUUCAAUAUACAAUUUAUUUUCUUUUUGCCACUAAAACGGAACUAAAACAGGAUGUAGAUAAAGCUAUCGUUAAAAAAAAUAUAGAGACAAACCCAUAACCGUGUAAA